AUGGCGGAAGAAUCACCAAAACCUCAAAAUACCCAACACCAGAUUCCCCCUUUCCUCAACCUCACAGACCCAAACAACCCUUACCGAGUUGAAAAUGGUGACAACACAGCACUUGUUCUUGUUACAGACCUCCUCACCACUGAUAACUAUGCUACUUGGUCUCGGGCAAUGCGUCGAGCACUUAGAGCGAAAAACAAACUGGGUUUCAUUAGUGGAAACAUUUCUAAACCGAUUAGUGAAAAUGACCUUUUGUUUGAUCAAUAUGAGAGAUGUAAUGACAUGGUGGUUUCUUGGAUUCAAAAUUCCAUAAGUAUGGAUAUCAGAUCCAGCAUAGCUUUUGUUGAUGAUGCACAAGCUGUAUGGAUAGAACUAAAGGACCGAUUUACACAACAGAAUGGUCCUCGCAUUUUUCAGCUCAAGAGGAAUUUGGCCAACCUUCGUCAAGACAGAGACUCGGUAAGCACUUAUUUCGGUAACCUCAAAACUAUUUGGGAUGAAAUAGCCAUUUAUGACCCUAUUCCUGCUUGCACUUGUGGUCAGCUAAGUAUUCUGAAUGAUAGACACCAGAGAGACCGUGUCAUACAAUUUCUUAUGGGUCUUAAUGAUCAAUAUGCUAAUGCUAGGGAUCAGAUAAUGCUCAUUGAACCACUCCCCACUGUUAAUAAAGUCUUCUCCCUAAUCCAACAACAAGAGAAACAUCACCAACUCACAAAUUUUUCUCCAACCCCUGACUCUAUGGUAUUAGCUACUAAAACUUCCUUCAAGACCAACACAAAGAACCAACUCAUGACUCAAAAAAGGGAUAGACCCUAUUGCACUCAUUGUCGAGUUCAAGGGCACACCUUGGAGAAUUGUUUCAAAGCUAGAAAUGCACCAGCCCCUGUAUGCACCCACUGUAAUAUGGCAGGACACUUUGUUGAAAGAUGCUACAAACUCCACGGAUAUCCCCCUGGUCACAAACUGUACAAAUGCAAGGGAUCAAACACCUUUGCAAAUCAGAGCAGCUUAUGUGUUGAGUCCUCUCAGGAGGAAAUGCAGGAGGACAAGUUUAAUUUUACUAAGGAGCAAUUUCAGCAACUAAUCACCUUACUCCAACACAAGGAUCUUUCCAGCUCUCUUCCUUCAGUAAACCAAGCACAAACCAUGUUUAAAGUCACUCCAACAGCACUCAAGGCUUCCAAAGUGUCUGGUAUCGAGUUUCUGUGCUGCACUUCUUUACUUUCUAAUUCUUUCAAUCCAAGCAAUAUUCCUUGGAUUAUUGAUUCAAGAGCUACAGAUCAUAUGAUCUGUAGCCCCUCAUUUUUUAAAUCCAAUGUCACAGCAGUAUCAUAUAAUGUCAAGCUGCCCAAUGGCACUUGCAUGCCUGUAACCCACUUAGGUACUGUUAGGCUCACAAACAAUAUUAUUCUUAGUAAUGUUCUGUGCAUGCCUUCUUUUUCUUUUAACCUUAUUUCUGUUAAAAGACUCACAGAGAACUUGACCACUUGCUUAUUUUUUCUGUCUAACACAUGCUUCAUACAAGACCUUCCCACUUGGACCACGAUUGGGAUGGCUGAAGUGAAAUGCAACCUCUAUCAGCUCCUGCUUGUUGUUGUUCCACCUGCUGCAUUGGCUUAUGCUUUAUCUCAUAUGUCACCUAUUUUUCCUUCAAUUUCCAUGUCUGUCAAAACCAGUAAUGAUGAGUUUGUCGCCUAG